AUGGCCGACCGUCUCCCCAGCUUAGGGGCAUUCAUCCCCCUAGCCUCGGACGACGACGCCCUCAACUCUCCAAUGCCAACCCUGAUCCACCUCGAACCUCCCAAGUCCCCCGCCGCAGCACCAAAGCUCACCCGCCUCAACGGCAUAGCCCUCGUCAUCAGCCUCCAGAUCGGCUCCGGCAUCUUCACCGUCCCCUCCUUCGUUGCCACCAACGUCACCAACCCAGGCUGGGGCGUCGCCGUCUGGUUCCUCGGCGGACUCCUCGUAUGGACCGGCGCCGCGUCCUUCAUCGAGCUGGGUCUCAGGAUCCCCCACAACGGGGGUAUCCUGGCGUACAUGCGGCGAUGCUACGGGAACCCGGCGGGGUUCCUCUUUACGUGGGCGUGGGUGCUCAUGGCGAAGCCGGCUACGAAUGCCAUCAUAGCCACCAUCUUUGCCGAUUACAUUACGAGGCCGUUCGUUAACGAGCCUCCUGCGUCGCCGUGGGUGUUGAGGGUCAUGGCUUUGGCGUGCGUUUGGGGUAUUACGUUUCUUAAUGGGAGGGGUGCUACAGCGGGGGCGAGUGUUGCGAAUAAAUUUUUGAUCUUGAAGCUUUCGGCUGUGGGUAUCAUUGCUCUUGUGGGUAGUUUUUACUUUAUCACGGGCGCGGGGGAGGGUGUGCCUAAGUCGCCGACUGGGUGGUUUGGGGAGCCGCUUGAUCAGCCUCCUGUUGAUACGUGGACUUGGAUUGGGGGAUUUGGCACGGCACUCUUUGGUGCUUUGUUCUGCUACGGAGGUUGGGAAACGGUCGGCUUCGUUUUGGGCGACAUGAAGGACCCCGAAGGUGACCUCUCUGCAGUCAUCAACGGAUCCAUGACGGCUGUCAUCAUCGGCUUCACCCUCCUUAACGCCGCCCUGUAUACCUGCCUCCCAAUGGACGCUAUGCGAGCUAGCAGAACAGUCUCUGUGGAAUUUGCCCGUCAAACCCUCGGCGCCUGGGGCGGCGUCCUCCUCUCCAUCAUGGUCUCCAUCUCCGCCAUGGGCGCCCUCAACGCAAACACCUUCGCCACCGCGAAGCUCGCCGUCACCGCCGCAGAGGUCGGCUACUUCCCCGAGAUCCUCGCCAACUUGCACUGCAGCAACGCCCGUGACGAGCCGUAUUAUCUAGAUAAGAUGCUCUCGUGGGCGCCUAGCUUGUUGGUCGCGCCUGUGCAGUGGUUUGCGGCGUCGACGAGGAGGCUGCGAUGGCAGAGCCAGGUGCCGAUAUUCUCGCUAGUUUUGAAUGCGAUGUUGACUUCGUCUUACGUAUUUACUGGAAGUUUAGGAGGUCUGGUUACAUUCAUCGGCGUAACAGAGUACAUCUUCUUCUUUUCAUCCGUCGUUGGCCUUCUCCUCCUUCGCAAUCGAGACGCCCUCCGGCCAAGCCCUGUGACAUAUCGCACAUGGACGGGGAACCCUCUCAUAUUCAGCGUCGUCAGUGGCCUCUUGAUCUUGCGCGCUGUCAUCUCCGAGCCUAUUCUGGGCGUGGCUAUCGUUAGUGCUGGGGCCGUGGGGCUGGCGCAGUUCUGGCUCAGAUUCCGACGGGGAGGAGUCGCUCCGGUUGGAGGGCAUUGA